AUUCACCCCGCCCCGUCGUCCUCCAGCCCAUUCCUACGAUUUCUCCCUCCCUCAAAAUCUCUCUGCAGGAUGACUUUCUUUUUAGUCACCACUGCUCAUACUGUUAUCGCCUUUUGACUGAACAUUUCAAAUAUUUUAUUGGAUAUACAAAGGAAUAAACGGGUAAUAAGAUUCUGGAGAUUUCUUCCGUGGCGUUCGCUCUGAUAUGGCUGGUGUAAAGCGUAGCUCGAAGCUAGCUGUCGGAGUUAUUUUCCAAGCCUCUACUUGCUUUUCACUCUCUACUCUUGUUGGCCCCAUCUUUCUCCUCACCCUUCUGUCUUCCUCUUCUGUUAUCCCUCUUGUAUAUUAAGCUUUGCCCUCCCUUCUUAGAUGGGAGUAUGAGCUGGAAGUUUCAGUUAGCCCAACUUCCUCAAUAAUACUUCCAAACAUAAAAGGGGCUUCUCAAGCCUUCAUUUCAAAAAAGAAAAAACAUAGAAUGGAACCACACGAUUCCUGCUCCGUGGACCUGAGUAGGUCCUGCGGUCUUAAGUUUUUCCGAUGAAGGAAAGAAAAGAUCUUAAUCGCCGAGUCUGACACGUGUUGGUUAACAUAUUAAGAUGCAAAUAACAGUCAGAAACAAAUUCGAUUGAGACAUUUCAAGGACUGCUGUAGAGUGACUGCAGUCUUAUCUAUAAAGGCACAGUUGCCGCAACAGAACUGUACCUGCCCUGUUUUCUACUUAGUCUGGUUUCACACCAGUAUAUCCACCAUUCGUCCAUCUCUUGCCACGGCUGUACUCCCCCCCCGUCCCCGUCCCCAACCCCCUCCUUCAAUCACUAUGGCAGCCACAGCCCGGGAACAUUUGCUGGUGGUGCGACGGCGCAGCCCUCAGAUGCGCUAUACAUUGAGUCCAGAGAACUUGCAGAGCCUGGCAGGUCAGAGCCCAGGGCCAUCUGAGACACUGGGCUUACAGCGCGCCAACAGUGACACUGACCUGGUCACCUCUGACAGCCGUUCCUCCCUCACUGCCUCUGUGUAUGAGUUCACUUUGGGCCGGUCGCAGAAUCUUAUAAUAUCAUGGGAUAUCAAGGAGGAAGUGGAUGCUACCGACUGGAUUGGCCUCUACCACAUAGAUGAGACUUGCCCUGCUAAUAUGUGGGAUUCUAAGAAUCGAGGUGUUAAUGGCACUCAACGUGGGCAGAUUGUAUGGAGGUUGGAGCCUGGGCCUUACUUCAUGGAGCCUGAGACCAAGAUUUGCUUUAAGUACUAUCAUGGAGUGAGUGGGGCCUUAAGAGCCACUACUCCCUGCAUUACCAUCAAGAACCCUGUUGUUGUGGGAGGUGCUGAAGGUCAAGUAGAAGGACAUGUAUUAACAGAACAUUGCCGUAAGCUUGUCAGUUUUACUUUAUCAGACAUCCAAGCUCUUGGUCUGAAAAAGGGCAUGUUCUUCAACCCUGACCCUUACCUGAAAAUGUCCAUAAAACCUGGAAAGAAGAGUAGCUUCCCCACCUUUGCACAUCAUGGGCAGGAAAGACGAGCUUCCAUCAUUGCCAAUACAACUAACCCCGUCUGGCAUGGAGAGAAGUACACCUUCGUAGCUCUUGUUACAGACGUUUUGGAAAUUGAAGUAAAGGAUAAGUUUGCCAAAAGCCGACCGAUUAUCAAGCGCUUCUUAGGCCAACUGACAAUUCCAAUACAGAGACUCCUAGAGAGGCAUAUAACCAGGGAUCAACUACUUACUUUCACACUCUGCCGCCGUUUGCCUACUGAGCACGUGAGUGGUCAGCUGCAAUUUCGAGUGGAGAUCACCUCCACAGGACAUGAAGAGGCCACACCUGACACUAUUGGCUGCCUUUUGGGAACCUCAGCCGUGAAUGGAGAUCCUGACAGUCCCUCUGAUGAUGAAGAACUUCCUCACACUCCUGCUGGACCAAUUAGUAGCCAUUCCCCUACUGGGUCUGAGGGUUCUUUGCAGUGUUUCUCACUGAGAAAUGGUGAUGUUGCUGGACAAGACCAAGAAAAUAAGGAGGGUGGGACCGACAGAGGAGCAGAAGGGGGAUUCCCUCCACAUACAUCGCACCAGGUAUCCCCCAAUGAAUACCUUGAGGCUAUUGAGGUCCCUAAGGGACCAGGGGAACGUCCUCUUGGAGCAGCUUCACCUAAGCUUCGUUCUAGCUUUCCCACUGAUACAAGAUUGAGUGCUAUGCUACAUAUUGACUCAGAUGAGGAGGAAGACCCAUGUGAAGUCCUCCAGGAAGAGGGUGGAUUGCUGAUGGACAAGGGGGAGCCGAAGGAAUUAUCUGAUGUUUUAACUGACAUGGAGUCAGAUCAGCAGGGACAAGAGGAGCAACAAGAAACAAACACAGAAAUAGCUGAUGACCACACAGAGGGUUCAGCUGCUGAGCCAGAGGCCACUGGCCUCAGAAGUCCUGUACAGGAAACAGGAGGGGCAGAUGAGCCAAACGAGGCCCCACUCUCAAGCCAGGAACUGUUUAGUGAAGGCACAGAGAGAGUUGAGAGCUCCAGACCCGCCGAAUCAUCAGUUGGCUCUUCCUCUGAUGACACUUCUCACCCAGCAUCCUCUUUACAGAUAAGUGAAGAAUGCUUUAUGGCUUCCUCCGAUGCCGAUCCAAUGGAGAGAAAUAUCACUGACACUGCUGCCGCAAGGAGUGAUGUAGCUGAUAAAGGAGGUGGGGAUCCUGGGUCUGGCCCAAUAAAUGAUGAGAAUCAAGAGGGCCCAGAAAAUGAAGGUCAUAAUGAAGGAGAGGAGAUCUGGCAAAGGAGACUAAGUUUACAGGCAGCUGGUGGCAUUCCCCAGGAGGAACAAAGCGUGUCUUUGGGGGCAAGAACAUCUGUGGAUUCAUUGUGUCUCGUCACUCAGUUGGAUGAAGAGCCAGUAGGCUCCCGGUUCAAUGGACAUCAGCCAGUGCGGUCCCUCCCCUCAGUACGACAUGAUGUCAGUCGCUACCAGAGAGUGGAUGAGCCCCUGCCCCCAAAUUGGGAGGCCCGGAUUGACAGUCAUGGACGCAUAUUCUAUGUUGAUCAUGUGAACCGCACCACCACGUGGCAACGACCCACUGCCCCCCCUGCCCCCCAGGUGCUGCAGAGGUCUAACUCUAUCCAGCAAAUGGAGCAAUUAAACCGCAGGUACCAGAGUAUUCGAAGAACCAUGACUAAUGAGCAGCCAGAUGAGCAGAUACCUGAAACUCCUUCUGACGACAGCGACCUGAUGUAUCACUCCAUCCCUGAGUACCGACGGGAUGGCAGUGUACCCCACUCAAGCUCUCGCACGCGUCUCGCACAGCUCCUUCAAUCUCCUAGCGCCAAAUAUCUAACCAGCCCUGACUUUUUCACCGUGUUGCAUUCCAACCCUAGUGCCUAUCGCAUGUUUACAAGUAAUACCUGUCUGAAGCACAUGAUAAGCAAGGUGAGGCGUGAUACACACCACUUUGAACGCUACCAGCACAACCGUGACCUGGUAGCCUUCCUCAAUAUUUUCGCCAACAAGCAACUGGAGCUGCCCCGUGGCUGGGAAAUGAAGCAUGACCACACUGGAAAGCCGUUCUUUGUGGACCACAACAGUAGGACCACCACUUUUAUAGACCCUCGACUUCCCCUGCAGAGUGCACGGCCCAGCAGCCUGUUAGCCCAUCGUCAGCACCUAAAUCGCCAGCGCAGCCACAGCGCUGGCGAGGUGGGUGAUGACCCUCGAAACGCCAAUCCACCUGUCCUGCCUCGUCCCUCCAAUACCUUUAACACAAUCAGUCGCACCCAGUAUCAGGAUGUGGUACCUGUGGCCUACAAUGACAAAAUUGUGGCAUUUCUACGGCAACCUAACAUCUUUGAGAUCUUGCAAGAAAGACAGCCAGAGUUGAUCAGAAAUCAUUCACUCAGGGAGAAGGUACAGUUCAUUCGCAGUGAAGGAGCUUCUGGUUUGGCUCGUCUGUCAAGUGAUGCUGACCUAGUCAUCUUACUCAGCUUGUUUGAAGAGGAUGUGAUGUCGUACAUUCCGCCGCAUGCCUUAUUGCACCCCAACUAUUGUCAGUCUGGUCGUGGGUCACCGGGUUCUUCCCCACAGAGUUCCCCAGGAACCCAGCGAGCUAAUGCCCGGGCCCCUGCACCCUACAAGCGUGAUUUUGAAGCCAAACUCAGAAACUUCUAUCGCAAGUUAGAAACCAAAGGCUAUGGUCAGGGACCAGGCAAGCUGAAACUGAUUAUUCGGAGGGACCAUCUUCUGGAGGAUGCCUUCAAUCAGAUCAUGUGCUACUCUCGAAAGGACCUGCAGAGGAGCAAACUUUAUGUCAGCUUUGUGGGAGAAGAAGGGUUGGAUUAUAGCGGCCCUUCCAGGGAAUUCUUUUUCUUAGUGUCUCGUGAGCUUUUCAACCCUUACUAUGGCCUGUUUGAGUACUCAGCCAAUGAUACUUACACAGUCCAAAUCAGCCCAAUGUCUGCCUUUGUGGACAAUCAUCAUGAGUGGUUUCGAUUCAGUGGACGUAUCCUGGGCUUGGCACUAAUUCAUCAAUACCUGCUUGAUGCCUUCUUUACCCGGCCCUUUUACAAAGCACUGCUGCGCAUUCCUUGUGACCUUAGUGACUUGGAAUACCUGGAUGAGGAGUUUCACCAGAGUCUGCAAUGGAUGAAGGAUAAUGACAUUAAUGACAUGCUGGAUCUUACAUUCACUGUCAAUGAAGAAGUCUUUGGACAGAUCACAGAGCGCGAACUGAAGCCUGGUGGGGCCAACAUACCUGUAUCAGAAAAGAACAAGAAAGAAUAUAUUGAACGUAUGGUGAAGUGGCGAAUUGAGAGGGGUGUUGUGCAGCAGACUGAAAGUCUUGUAAGAGGCUUCUAUGAGGUAGUGGAUGCUAGGUUGGUAUCAGUCUUUGAUGCCCGGGAACUGGAGCUGGUAAUUGCUGGAACUGCAGAAAUUGACCUAGGAGACUGGAGGAGCAACACAGAAUACAGAGGAGGCUACCAUGACAACCACAUUGUAAUCCGCUGGUUUUGGGCUGCUGUGGAGAGAUUCAACAAUGAGCAGAGACUGAGACUCUUGCAGUUUGUGACAGGCACAUCCAGCAUUCCAUAUGAAGGGUUUGCCGCUCUGCGAGGUAGCAAUGGUCCUCGCCGCUUUUGCGUGGAGAAAUGGGGGAAAAUUACAGCACUUCCCAGGGCUCAUACCUGUUUCAACCGCCUGGACCUCCCUGCAUAUCCAUCAUUCUCCAUGUUAUAUGAGAAAAUGCUGACGGCUGUGGAGGAAACGAGUACCUUUGGCCUUGAAUAAGUACAAGCCUCGGUUUAUCCAAAUUAAACUGUUUCACACACAGAAAUUAUAUUCACUCCAUGUAUGUUUCCCAGGUUAAAAAUUUAUAUAUGCACAAUUUUUUUUUUCUUUAAACAGUUGGGAAUGGUUAAAGAGGGACUUGAGAAAAUUAUCAUAUACCAAACUUGGGUGUUUCUGAUUUAACUUUUCCAAUUAAAGCAAGAUCACUUAAGACCGCUUUAUAAGUUUUUCCUCAUAAUUUAUUUGAGGCCAUGACUAAUACAUCUAAUGGAUAUUUUUCUUCCUUAAUGACUUCAUUCAGCCAGAAGGAAAGAAAAAAACUUCAUUCACCAUUUUAAAAUUGCAUUUGAAUGCUUGUUCACUUAAAAAAUCUUUAUCAAUCCAUUUUCUCCCAGUGUAAUUUAUAGUUCAGGCCAAAUGUUUAUUAUUCAUUCAUUCUGCUAUUGUUAAGUUCCUCCUCAUUAAUCAUGUAUUGUUAAUGCAUUGCAUUUUUAAUAUUGCUAAAUCAUUGCUUAUAGCAUCCGACAAUUACUUUUUUUUUGUUCCAAGAAAUUCUACUGCUGUAGUAUCUCAGGAUUGACUAGGCAAGCCAAUUCACAGGCAGGUCAAAUUGUCAUUUUGAUAUAUUGAAAUGCAUUAAAAGUUCUUUCAAUGCUAUCUACCAUAUAAUAUGCCUGAAAAUAACUUUUACAUGUUUAAGCAAUUUAAAUAUAUCUAUGAUAUUCAGAACAUAAGGACACCAUUUAAAGAUGGAAACCAUUUUAUAUGUAUUAAAGAACAUAAAGUAUCUGAAUCAUUCUGUGUAUUUUUCAACGAAAUGCCACAGGUGACUGGAGCCCAUUUCAUCCACCUGGUUUGUCGGAUACUAAAUAAUGAUUGUGCCUUACUCUGCUGGAAAGCUCUUUUCAAAAUAUACUCUACGCAUGUUCCAAGAGACAUUUCUACUAAAAUGAGUUUUCCAUUUGUUUAUCAUCUUAAAAUUGGGUUGAUUGUUGCCACUUUAAAAAUUGUAGAUUGUUGAUCUGAAAGACAAGUCCUCAAAAGACAUCUAUUCAUCUAAAUUUUAUCAACUACAGCGUUUUUCUUUAUUUUUUUUUUCCUGUUCUUAGUCAUUUUGAAACAUCUUUUACUGAGAAGUUCAUCAUGCAUUUAAAUGGAGAGUACACUUCAUCUGGCCUUGAUACCAUGUCAUUACAAAGCUCCAAGUGUUUUAAACUCUUGCAACCUGACUUCAGAUAGGUAUCAUAUAUAUUCCGCAAGAUUUAACAUAAAAUUUAAGGAAUAAAGCUUUAAUUUAUAUCCAUAAUUGUUAUUGAUCCACUGGAUAUUAUAGUUUGUCCUUUUACAAAGUAGUACAGAGGGUUGCGUGUUUACUUUGAAAAUGGAAGGUCUUGCAUCUUAGUGUUUUUUUUGUACACUCAAGAAAAUACCAAAGUAAUUGUGAUUACAUUACAUGGCUAAUAUUUUUUAUUUACUCAUGCUUUUAGCAUGCGUGAUUAUUUCUUAGGUUAAUUAAUGUACAUUUAUAUCAGAGCUGUUGCUGGCAUAAAAUUUGUUUGUUCAUUAAUGUGCCAAGUUGAAUAUGACACGUUUUUUUGAACAUUUUGUUAAUAUAGCAUGAAUGUAUUUUGCAGAAUUUGAGGAGCGUUACCUUUGAAUUAUUUGUUAGACUUCUCUGUGAUUCCUUAAAUGUGUGUACAUGGUUAUAGGAUGUUUUUUGUAUAACUCCAAAACUUGACACUUUAUUAGAAAGUAAGUAAUAAUGAAAAAGACCUACCAUUGAAAUCAGUGCUAUACAGUACAUACAGUACAUUGCAUGUGCACUGGUGUAAAGAUACUGUAUAUGGUAGAAGGCUACACACAAUUAAACAAAAUGGCAGUUUUA